AGAGUGCGAUAGAGGCUAGGCUAUUUUCUUGAUGUCCUAACACAUUCUACAGUCCGGGCGACAAAGUCCAUUUACUUUUGACAUUAGCGGAAUGGUUGUAUGGAACCGACAAGUGAAGCCAAGAGACAGUUGCAAGACUCCCACAUCUUGCUUGACACAGUCCGCUGUCAGGAGAACGAAAGGCGGACGACAACCAACCAAUCACUAUCCAACGACGUCUGACAACUGCAACAUUACUGGAGGUUCACUCUGUUCUCUAAUGAAUCCGGUCCUGACUGCAGCACGUCAGUCGGCUCGCUAGAAUGGAUGUGGAUGAAACGUUCUCUUGGCUUAUUACACGUGCUUUCUGUCUAGUUAUUCGGGGUUGAACAGGUACAAGAUGGGCGAAUCUUUUCCUAGUGUAUUGACUCAGGAGCCUAUUAGCAAGGGAACACUGUUAGGCCCUCUUUCGUUGUCUCCUACAAGCGUGGAUCCACUCGCUCUUCUAGCAUGGAGAUGCCAAGAUCAAUUCCCUGAUACUCGCCACGUGAUUAAGGUAUAUCCUAGAGACCAAGAUAACGAUUGGUUGGUUCAUGUGCAAUCCGCUCGAGACGGCGAAGAGCAAAAUUUAGAAGUUAUUGUCAAAUCAGGACAUUUAUAUUAUCGUGCCAUUCGAGAUAUUUCGGCAGAAGAGGAACUCUUUGUCUGGUUCGGAGAAGAUUUAAAUGACAUUUUGCAACUUCCUAUGAUACCUUCGACUACGGUGGACGGUAACAAACGUUUUUACUGUAUACUCUGCCAGAAAUUAUUUAAAUACCCGAAUUCUGUGAUCUCCCAUUUGCUUUAUCGUUGCGAGAGACGUAACUUGCCACCCGUUAUGGAAACGACAACAAAAACCAGAAGCAAAGUGAAAAGUUUCGAUAUAGCAUCGUUAACAACAACCGAGAAUGACGUUCGACCAGCUAAGAGACUUAUGACAGAUUCCUCAGCACCCAUCAAGUAUGACGAUUGCCCUCAACAGAUGGAAGUUUCAUCCAAUUCUUUUAAAAUCCCCUCUCUGGGUACGGAAUCUAAUCUGAGUGCAUUCAAGAAAGUGGAUAAAUCUCAAUCGUUCUCCAUUUUUCCCAGAUUACCCAGCGAUGUGUUACCGACUACCACUACCAACUACCCAAUUCCACCCUAUCCGGCACCCAAUUCUCCUCAAGACAGUACCACACUGGUAACAUCUCUGACCAGUGCUUUCGUACCGGCACAUUUAGGUGAACCACUCGAUAAAGUGAAAGUACGAUACGAGAGUAGAUCGUUGAUACCCAAUCCUUACAGUACCAGAAGUACCAGUUUGCAUCUACCAUACUCCAAACCGUUUCCUUCUCCGGUUGAUAAUUUCACUAAUAAAACACUACCUUCGGCUUUACUUUCGUUCUUACCACCCUCACUGGCGGCUCUGACGCUUCCUGCCCAAAACUGGUGUGCCAAGUGUAAUGCCAGUUUUAGGAUGACCAGUGACCUUGUGUAUCACAUGAGGAGCCAUCACAAAAGGGAAGCGGAUGCCACUAAACAGAGAAGGGAGGAGAAAUUAAAGUGUAAUAUCUGUAACGAAACUUUCCGCGAACGUCAUCACCUUACUAGACACAUGACGUCACACCAGUGACGGUAACUUUCGAUUGGUUGAUUUCAAAAAUCGUAAGAGUGUUUUGUUUUCUCUGUUGUGUUGUGGCUUUGUACAUAAAAUAAUAAUAAUAAUAAAGAAAAAGAGAGUAUUGUUGUGA